UUCAGUAGACGAAAGACAAGAGACAAGGCUGCACUUCAACCUCUAAAACCAUGCGAGCAAAGCUGGAGGUCUUCGCACUGGUCCUGGGCUUCAUCGGCCUCGUCGGGACAAUAGCUGUCACCGCCCUGCCCACCUGGAAGGUCACUGCCUUCAUCGGUGCCAAUCUCAUCGUCAUGGAGGAACUCUGGGAGGGCUUGUGGAUGACCUGCUACAGACAGGCUGACAUCAAGAUGCAGUGCAAGGUGUAUGACUCGCUGCUGAUUCUCCCGCCAGAGCUGCAGGCUGCCAGAGGGCUCAUGUGCUUCUCCAUAGUUCUGGUCGUCAUCUCCUUGUUCGUCACAGGAUGUGGGACCAAGAAGAGCGAAUGUUGCGGUGACAAUAUGAAGAGCAAGAACAUCACCCUGGCCCUUGGGGGGAGUCUAUAUCUGCUUUCUUGUUUGACCACACUCAUCCCUGUCAGCUGGGUGGGGAACACUAUCAUCAGAAACUUCUAUAACCCAGCAGUGCCAGAUUCUCGGAAACAUGAGCUGGGGGAAGCUCUCUUCAUUGGCUGGGCCACAUCUGGCAUUUUGCUCAUCACUGGGAUCAUCCUCCUGUUCAGGUACAGUCAACGUAGAUCGAAGGAAGAAGAGCCCUACAAUGAAGCAUAUCUCAUGGCGCAAAGGGAUCUAAAGAAACAGGACAGUGUCUACACGGCGAGGACAGCAUCCAGCACUCAUAAGCACUUUGAAUAUGUUUAAACAGUUGUACUCGACUGCAGUGUGCAAAUUUACCUUCAAAUGUCCCUAAAAUUUUAAAGAUGCUAAAAGGUUAAAAGAUGAUAUCAAGUGUGUGUGUGUGUGUGUGUGUGUGUGUGUGUGUGUGUGUCUUCCACAGUGGGAUCAAUAAAGUUGAUCUUAUCUUAUUUACAGUGACUGUUUAAAUGACUCAUGCACUUAGUGUUUGUGUUGAACUAUAAGCAGUUCUCAUUUAUAUCGUUUGACUCGUAACCAAAUCACAGUUGCAAUAUAAUAUCUUAGUGGUAUGUAGUACAUGAAUGACUGUUAUAAUAUACUUUCUGAAGUUUUGAAAUAAUUCAAUAAAAUACAACUGGUCUUUGUAAUUCUAUGCCAUCAUGUCAUUUUAUUUGGUUUUUAUAACUGUUUUCAUUACUGUUAGCUGCUAAAUUGUUCUUGAUUACAGUGAUUUAGUCAUUUUAAUGGGAAAAUAAUAGACUCUUCAAUAAGUUAUUCUCUUUUGCUAAAGCGUCUUGAGACAAUCUGAAUUGUUAUUGGUGCUAUAUAAAUAAAAUUGAACUGAAUUAU